CAUUCAUGUUUGUUAAUAUGUAUUGUUACUUUACUUCUUACCGUUGUUUGACUUAUUUGCCGGAUAAAUUUAAAUUCAUUGUGUUUUCGAAAUGAUUAUAAAAUAAUUGAAAGUUACUAAUACCACUAAUAUAUAAUUACAAUGGAAGUCACAGUUAAUAUUUAUGAACUCGUGCUUUAUUUUUGUGUGUGGAUAUUCUCGAAUAUUUAUUCCUUACACUUGUUGUUUGUUACACAAACAGAUGUUUUAUAUAAUAAUACUGAAUUGUCAUAUAUUUUGAGUGACAUGAGCCCUGGUUGGGAAAUGUUGUAUAGACCCAAAGAUAUUUCAGAUGUUGAAUGGAGUAGCUGGAAAUAUUUUAUACAGUCAUCAUGGCAUUAUUUGAUUCUCCAAUUUGUGGUAUCGGAGAUUCUGAGAAGAACUGAAUUGAUAGCAUUGAAAUAUUGGUAUAUAACAUCAAGUGUGAUAUUUAUUGUCUUACAUAUGGGAUUAAAGCAGUUACUUGUGAUAUGUGCACAACCAAUAAUAUUUGUAUCAAUAAUAUUUUGUGGUGGAAAGAAAAUAAGUAUUUGGCUAACUGGCAUAGUGCUUCUAGUCAGUUAUAACUCACUUAAAUACAAGUAUUUCUUUUGGUAUUUUUUGGACCACAAAGAACUUGAAGAUGAAGAAGUAUAUUUAAUUUUAUUUACCAUAGCCUGGAUUGAACUGAGGUGCAUUAGUUUUUGUAUUGAUUACAUUGACAAAAAAGAAAAGAUUAAUAACCAUAACCAACCUACCGCUGUUGAUACAAUUGUUGACAUGUUCAGUUAUAUUUUGUAUUUGCCAUUGUUGUAUAUUGGACCCAUGAUUCUUUAUCAAGAUUUUGAGAAGAGCUUUUGUCGACCUAAGGAAAAAUUACCAUUAAGACUGAAGAAUUUCAUUUCAGAUAUGUCAUUAUUCCUGUUUUAUACCUUUAUUUUGGAUUUGGCAUUUCACUUUAUUUAUUUUUUAGCAAUGCAGAAUGAUAUGGAGACUAUUAGAAAGUUGCCCACAAUAGCACUGUGUGGGGGUGGGUUGUGGAUGGGGCUGGAGUUUCACAUGAAGUAUGUCAUAUCAUAUGGCACAACUACAGCAUUUGCUAGACUAGACAACAUUGAUGCUCCUCCAACUCCUAGAUGUAUAGCCAGGGUUCAUGUGUACUCUCAAAUGUGGAGAUAUUUUGAUGUUGGCCUCUACAGAUUUUUAGUCAAAUAUAUCUACAAGCCUAGUUUUACUACCUUGUCCAAAUGUUUCAUGCUCUAUGAGUCAGCAAAUAAAUUAAUAGCUUCAUUUUUCACAUUUGUAUUUAUAUUUAUGUGGCAUGGAACAGUUUGGAAUAUAUUUGUAUGGUCAGUUCUAAAUUUUUUUGGUAUAACAAUGGAACACAUAGGCAAAGGAAUAUCAGGAGGUGUGUUGUAUAAAUGGUUCAAGGAAAAUGUACUGAAGACAAAUGAGAUGGAAACACGAUUUAUUGCUCUGUUAUGUACACCAUUAUUAGCCCUGUCUGCCAUAUCAAAUUUCUAUUUAUUUGGUGGCACUCAAGUUGGGAAUUUAUUCUUUGAAAGUCUUCUGAACCCUUCAUUUUGGAAUACAUUGUUAGUCUGCAUUGCAUUGUAUUCUUGCUGUCAAGUGUCUAUGGCACUAAAAAACAUAGGGUCGAGAACUGAUAAAUAUAAUAAACGGAUUGAAUUUAACUUGGAAUGUUAG